GUGGCCAGGCGGGUCGGACCUAGCAGGGCUUUCCUUGCCAGUGGAUUGAGUAGAUAACACUGUCAAUCUCUUGUCUUCUCUUCACCAUGACUUCUUCUAAUAUCCAGGUGAAAGAAUUGGAGAAACGUGCCUCCGGCCAGGCUUUUGAACUAAUUCUUAGCCCUCGAUCAAAAGAAUCUGUCCCUGAAUUCCCUCUUUUCCCCCCAAAGAAGAAGGAUCUUUCUCUGGAGGAAAUUCAGAAGAAAUUAGAAGCUGCAGAAGAAAGACGCAAGUCCCAUGAAGCUGAAGUCUUGAAGCAGCUUGCUGAGAAGCGAGAGCAUGAGAAAGAAGUGCUUCAGAAAGCGAUAGAAGAGAACAACAAUUUCAGUAAAAUGGCGGAAGAGAAACUGACCCACAAAAUGGAAGCCAACAAAGAAAAUCGAGAGGCACAGAUGGCUGCCAAACUGGAGCGUUUGCAAGAGAAGAAGCGUGUUGAAGAAGUGCGGAAGAACAAAGAAUCCAAAGAUCCUGCUGAUGAGACUGAAGCUGACUAAUUUGUUCUGAAAACUGACUUCUCCCCCUCCCCUUCCUAAAUAUCCAAAGACUGUACUGGCCAGUGUCAUUUUAUUUUUGCCCUCCUGACAAAUAUUCUAGAAGCUGAGUAGGACUCAGAAGCUGAGUAGCUGAGAAUAUUUGUCCUGAGUAGGACAAAUAUUCUAGAAGCUGAGUAGGAUCUACAUUGUACAGGUAGAUCAGACUGUAUAAUGUUGUUUUAGGGGCUAAGGGGAGAAACGAAAAGUGUUUUACUCUUUUUCUAAAGUGUUGAAGUCUUUCUAAUGUAACUAUUUUUCUCGUUGCAUCUUUUCUACUUCAGUACACCUGGUGUACGUAGUUAAUGGCUAGUACUGUAUUGGCUCUGUGAAAACAUGUUUGUGAAGAGUAUGUAGUGGCUUCUUUCAAACUGUUAUUAGGUGCUGAAUAUCUGUUCACUUUUAAAUCCCAAUUCCGUCCCAAUUUUACCAGAUGCUACUGUACUUGAAUGGUUAUAAUAAGGCUGCACAGUGCUAUUGGCAGUGA